AAGUAAUGCAAUCUAUCAAAUGUGUUGUUGUUGGUGAUGGUGCUGUUGGAAAGACAUGUCUGUUGAUCUCAUACACCACCAAUGCAUUUCCAGGAGAAUACAUCCCCACAGUUUUUGACAACUAUUCAGCUAAUGUGAUGGUCGAUGGUAAACCCAUCAACCUUGGAUUAUGGGAUACAGCAGGACAAGAAGAUUAUGAUCGCCUACGCCCUCUAUCUUACCCUCAGACAGACGUAUUCCUUUGCUGUUUUUCUCUUGUCAGUCCACCUUCAUUCGAAAAUAUCAAGACAAAGUGGUUCCCUGAAAUCAGCCACCACGCACCUAGAAUACCAAAGAUCCUUGUUGGCACCAAGCUUGAUUUACGUGAGGAUCAGGAUACCAUUGGACGCUUAAAGGAAAAGAGAAUGUCACCAAUCAGCUACACCCAGGGAUUGCAGAUGGCAAAGGAAAUCGGGGCAGUCAAAUACCUCGAGUGUUCAGCACUCACCCAGACUGGUCUCAAGAACGUAUUCGAUGAAGCAAUUCGGGCCGUACUCUCACCUACUGUCCAUCGAAAGAGAAAGAACAACUGUCUCAUCUUGUAAAUAAUCUAAUCUAACCUACCUUAACCCUAUCCAAUUCAAUUCAAUUCAAUUCAAUUCAAUUCUAACCUUUAUCCUUUUUUACCCUUCAACCCUUCAACCCUUCAACCCUUCAACUUCUUCUUAUUCCUCUUUUCCUCCCUUCCUUCCUCUCUUUGACAUCUUUAUUUUAUCCACUCUAUAUAUAUAUAUUUAUAUCUAUAUAAUAAUAAUGAAUAAUAAUUUAUAC